CAGCUCAAUCGAAAUUCACCAAUCUCUUCGUUCGUUAAUCUCUGUCUCCAUUUCCCGCUCACUAUUCGGUUUAUUAGCUUGCAACAAUGGAAGCUUCCACUUCUUCCUACAAGAUUAUAUUGGGAUCAUCCUCAGUAGCACGGCGCAAGAUACUAUCUGAAAUGGGGUACGAAUUCACGAAAAUGACUGCUGAUAUUGAUGAGAAGAGCAUCCGAAAGGAAACUCCUGAAGAGCUGGUUAUGGCUCUAGCUGAAGCCAAGGCUAAUGCCAUCAUAUCAAAACUUCAAACUACCAGUAACCAAGAGAGGGUUGAUGAAUCAAUGAUUUUAAUUGCGGCAGACACAGUACAUCUUGCUUCCUUUCUGGUCAUUGGCAACUGUUAGUUAGGUGUUAAUGGUUGUUGUUAGGUGGUGUUACCCAGGCCAUUUAUUAAAUGAGGAUAUGUAGCUUACUAGCUUCUUUUGAAGAGGUUAUAGCUUAUUAGAUAAAUAGUAAAUUAGCCAGCCAUGUGAAGAAAUGAAGAUACUCGAACACUUCAUUCCUUUUGUAACAAAGUAAACCGUUUGUUUUUUUUUUUAUUUUCUGUCCUCUUUUUCAGUUUUUCAUGCUUAUCUGAUAGGAACAAUCAAAGUUGAGGAUGUCGUUGUUAGGUUCAGGAACGAUCAAAGUAAAUGAUUUGGGUUUAUCUUCUCUUGUCUUCAUCAAACCAUUUCAGAGCAAUAUCUUGCUCAGUUUUUUUUUUUUUUUUAAUUGUUGCAUCAGUGUGUCUGUGUGUGUUCUUUUUCUUUGUGUGACUCUUCUCUAAAUAGUUAUGUGGAGAUGUUAUGUAACUAUUCACACUUUCAAAAAUACUACAUCACUUUUAUUCAUGAAGCUGCUAC